AUGUCACGCAAAGCCCAUGAUAUUAGCUCCGAGCAUCUGUUGAUCACAGGUGUCACUAGUUAUAUUGGGUUCAAGACGAUCACAAUUGCCCUGGCAAGAGGAUAUCGCGUUCGCGCUGUCGUCCGAAGCGAGCGCAAUAUCAGUGAACUGAAAGAAAAGAGUACGAUCAUCGCACAGAGUCUUGAUCAAGAGCAACUCAGGUUCGUUGUUAUUCCACAAUUUCUUGAAACAGAUGCAAUUUUCAAGUCUCUCGAGGGAAUACCUGUCAUCAUUCACCUUGCAUCACCGUUAGCAAUUGAGACCGAUGAUUAUGAUGUUGGAAUUGUGAAGCCAGCCAUCUCUAUGGUGACUACCGUUUUGGAAGCAGCCACUCGCGUGACAUCAAUUCGCCGCGUAAUCUUAACAUCUUCAUGUGUCACCUUAAUUCCAUUUGUAUGGAAUAUCAACCCUGACAGCCAGCGAUUGUAUAUAGCGGAGGAUGUGAAUACCAGUGUUACUGGUCGUUCCUCGACUGCACUGGAAGCUUAUUGGGCAUCCAAAGCUCUUGCAAGGGUUGCAACAAAAGCGUUUGUUAACCACGCGCGUCCGAAAUUCGAUUUUGUCAAUCUCUUGCCUUCGGUGGUAAUUGGAUCGGACGCCCGCCUGGACGCAGAUCCAACCGCAACGGUCGACAGCCUCCUCCAGGGGACGUGGGCAGCAGUUCUUGCCCCCGCGCUGACUUCCUCGCUCAACUCUUCAUUCCCCUAUGUUGGAACGCCAGUUCAUGUUGCCGAUGUUGCGCGCGCACAUGUCGAUUCGGUAGACGAUGUUUGGUCCCUGGAAACUCUGAAUACGCCAAAUGGAGUAAUCUUGGAUAGGGAUGUUCAAGACGUCUGUAGGAAGUCCUUUCCGGAAGACGUGGCGAGUAAAAGGCUCCCGCUCGAAGGGUCUUUGGCGGCAAUAAAAUGGAGGCUGAAUGCCUGGCAGACUGAGGAAACAUUUUGGGUGGCAAUUUACUGGUUUUGA